AUGGCCUUUGCAAACCCUAGCUCCAAGCAGAAUAUGUAUCAACUUCCACCGGGCCAGCAUCGAGCGACCACUGCUAUGGAGUUUGGAGACUCCCCCUCUUCACGAAGCUCCUCAGAUUCUGAACCUCCGCCAUACGAAGAGAGCCUGAUCCGGCGGCAGCAAGCGUUGGCACUGGGGAGCUCGAUCGGCUCCAGCUCCGCCAACAAGAUCAUUGCGAUCCCCGCCACAAACGCAAGCCUCGGUUCUGCAUUCCUCAGAGCCUAUCCGCCCGCCUUGGGACGGUUCAACAUCUCGAAGCCCGUUUUCCUAGAAUUUCUCGACCACCUCAACCGGGCGAUUGUCGCGAGUCCGGGACUGCGCGUCCUCGGGGCUGCGUCCGAUAUUGCUGGAAUCGUGCCUGAACCAACGACCCAGGUCAUCUUUGGGGUUGCUGGCCUGAGUGCAAAGGUGGGAACCUAUGCCAUGUCCAAGGUGCGCUCAGAGGGGGUGAUCCGCCAGGCGAAUAAUGAGCUUUUCUUCCCCAGGGGCUUGGAGGCGCAGAUUGUCAAGCUCAAGACUGUUGCCCUGCUCGCCAACAUGCCCAUUCUGAAUUAUAAGGGGGAGAUUGACAAAAGGUCGCCUAUCUUGGAGUCUUUGCAGUCCCUCGUAGAGGUCGACGAGCUCAAGACUAUUAGUGCGCAGCAGCGUCGUCUGAGAGCUCUUGAAGCAUGGAUUUCUCCGCUCGAGAUUGAUGAGCUCCCGCCGGUUGCCAGCGCAUCGAAUGCUAUGAGCAAGGUGGAUGUCUUUGUCAGUGAGGCAGAGCGCAAAUCGGCCGAGCAGUCUAUGCUGAAGAAGAGGAUCAAGGCGACUGAGAAACACGACAAGAAGAGCCAAAAGGCACUGGAAAAGUAUGAGAAGUCUAUGGCAAAGUAUGAGCACAAGGAAAUGGGCCGUCAUUCAAGUAGAGACCUUGAAAAGAUGGAAGAGCGUCGCCAGAAAGCCGUGGACAAGUAUGAGAGGAAGACGGAGAAGGCAGAAAUGAAGUACCAAAAGAAGGAUAAGGAGGAGGAGAGCAUCCGGAAGAUUGGCUUUCUCGUUAUUGUGCCUAGGGGGAGGCAGAACUGA